GAUAUGGCGUGGCUCUACAUGAUACACAUUUUGUUUGCUCAACCAAGGAGCAAUGGACCCCUUUCACUCAAACAAUACCACCACCACACCAUACUUUCACAUUCAUCCUCUCAAUUUCUUAUGAAAAAUGGAACUCUGUGGAGCCACUUCAAUUUCUUGGGCGAAUUCCAUAACUCCUCAUCACUUUCCACAAACACUCUCAGUUUGGAAGCUUCGGCAAACAAGAGUUUUCUCUGUAACUAGCAGCAAUGACAAGGCAGAUGAGAUGAUCGUUUCAGUAACUGGAGCCACUGGGUUCAUAGGUAAAAGAUUGGUGCAGAGAUUGCUUGCAGAUGAUCAUCGUGUGCGGGUCUUGACACGAUCUAGGUCAAAAGCCCUGUCAAUUUUUCCGGCCAGGGACUAUCCAGGAAUUAAAAUAGCAGAGGAACCAGAAUGGAGAAACUGCAUUCAAGGUUCUACGGCUGUUGUAAAUCUGGCCGGAUUGCCUAUAAGCACAAGAUGGUCACCCGAGAUCAAGAAAGAGAUCAAGGAAAGCAGGAUUAAAGUAACUUCUAAGGUUGUAGAUUUUAUUAAUAGCACACAGGAUGACCUUCGCCCCAAGGUUUUGGUUAGUGCAACAGCUGUCGGCUACUAUGGAACUAGUGAGACUCGAGUUUUUGAUGAGGAAAGUCCAUCAGGAAAUGAUUACUUAGCAGAGGUUUGUAGAGAAUGGGAAGCAACAGCUCUAAGAGUCAAUAAAGAUGUUAGACUAGCACGAAUACGUAUUGGCGUGGUUCUUGGAAAAGAGGGUGGUGCUUUGGCUAAAAUGAUACCACUCUUCAUGAUGUUUGCUGGUGGACCUUUGGGUUCUGGAAAGCAGUGGUUCUCCUGGAUUCAUGUGGAUGACCUAGUAAGCCUGAUAUACGAAGCUCUGUCCAACCCUUCUUACAAAGGAGUGAUCAAUGGCACAGCACCAAACCCCGUUAGGCUGUCAGAGAUGUGUGAUCAUCUGGGAUCAGUGUUAGGUCGACCAUCGUGGCUUCCAGUGCCAGAGCUGGCACUCAAGGCUGUGCUAGGAGAAGGCGCUUGUGUGGUUCUUGAAGGACAAAAGGUGGUUCCAAUGAGAGCUAAGGAGCUGGGCUUCCCUUUCAAAUACCCCUACAUUAAACAAGCUCUCAGAUCAAUCAUGUCUUAGGCUUGCACAUUGUUAUUCUUUAUUGUUUGUUGUACAUUUUUGGUGAGAUAAACUUGAGUAUUAAGUGUAAUUAUAUAUUUAUGACGAUGAUGCUUCCUUUA